AAGAAGGCGUGUUUCCGGAAGACGUGGCUAGUGCUACAGUGGCAGCACCUGAACUUGUAUUUUAGUAAAAUACAAUUAACAGUGUAAAAUUUUAUAUUUUACAAGCUGUUGAUUCAUUGUCAAAAUGAUCUCUUUAACGGACUCACAGAAGAUCGGAAUGGGACUAACGGGCUUCGGCGUGUUUUUCCUCUUCUUUGGAAUGAUACUGUUUUUUGACAAAGCCCUCCUUGCCAUAGGAAAUAUCCUGUUUGUGGCUGGCCUGUCGUUUGUGAUCGGUCUGGAGAGGACGUUCCGGUUCUUCUUCCAGAAACACAAGAUGAAGGCAACUAGCUUCUUCCUGGGUGGGGUGUUGAUCGUUCUUAUUGGUUGGCCAAUUGUGGGAGUGGUCCUGGAGGUCUAUGGAUUUUUCCUUUUAUUCAGGGGUUUCUUCCCAGCAGCAGUAGGCUUCAUCAGAAGGAUACCCUACCUCGGCUCCCUGCUAAACCUCCCAUUCAUCAGUGGGUUUGUGGACAAAGUGGGAGAGAGCAACACCAUGGUAUAACAGUGACUUUUUGUUUAUGGAGAAAAACAAUCUAUUAUAUUUAUGAUACACUUGUUCUCGUCAAGCCACGUAACCCCCAUUGGUCAAUUGCUUACCUCCAACAGUUAGCUAAGUGACUUUGUAAAUUAAGACCUCUUCCCAUUUUAAAGGGAAAACAAUCCGCUUUUUUGUAUCUUGAUUCUGCAAUAUUAAGGUCCGUACCAGCCAAGGGUACCAGUCCUGGUUGCUAUGCGCAACUGUUACUAAUGAAUCUGGAGUUGGUUAAGAUGGCUACCCCAGAAUGUUACAUGUUAUUGAAUGCUGCUCUCCUCUACUGGAGUACUCCCCCACGAGGAGGGGAGUCCCUCUACCGGACUGAAGAGAACCCGUGUCCAUUUUUGCGCUCUCACUCCGCUAUUGAAUGUACAGACAAACUCACCAUGUCAUCACCUCUGGACAACCUCAAUAGGUGUGACGGAGGAGCGCUGGUCCUAUAGUUACACUGUAGAUGGGCCAGGGGGUUUUCCUAGUGCUGUGCUGUCAUGCCAAAAAAUGAACUAGGGGUUAGCGAGAUGGCACAAACAGAUCUUAGACCAUGUUAGAGUUUCCUGACCAUAUGACCAGACCAGGGAAAACUCGAAGCCAUAGUUGAAGGUGGUUUCCUGGACAGGUAUUGGAAAGACUCCUGGUCCUACUUAUGGUGCCUGUGCUUUCUCACACUGGACUGAAACUUGAGUCCUGUGGCAGAAAAUAGCUUUACUUUCCUUUUCGCUCACGCCCGUUAUGAUUACCGGAUCUGGCAGUUGAAUAUUUCCCCCUUAUUUUUCUGUCGUUUCUGUGUAUGACUGGUUGAGGAAGCUCUGUAGAUACAUUUUGUAUUUUAAAUUUCAAGAGCAACAUUUGAGUUGGAAUUUUAUCAAUGUUAACUAUAGUCAUGGAGGGUACUGAAUGGCUAAUGGGAUAUGACAAUGGUUUUACAAUGUUUUGUCUGACACUUUAAUAAAAAAACGUGCCGUUGUC